AGAAGCAAAGGAUUUAUUUACAAACAUUGGCAGGAAGGAAAAACACCCAAGAAGAAGAAGAAGAAGAAGAAAGAAGGACGAGAAAGUUAGUCUAAAACACUGGAAAAGAAGCAAAACUACACACACACACAUGUAGACGCCAGAACAGCGCCAUUACAUAAGAAAAAGGAGGCGAUAGUGAAUUAUAGAGAGGACAGACAAAUAGCCUAACUAGCCCCAUAGAAAAGCCCAAGAAGAAGAAGACAAAGAGUAACGCAAUUGAAGAGCUAAAUGUGUCAUGUCGGUAAGCAAGCAGAACAGAUCAAGAGGAGGACCUGAGAAGCAGUAGAGGUCAAAAGAAGAAGAAGAAGGAAGAGGAAGAAGAAGAGGAUUUCAAGGCCGAGGCGCGGGUGUGUGAUGGAGGUCCUUGGGCGACUCCUGUGACCCAUGGAGCCUUGAGGACCGUGUGUAGCCCUCUGCUGCAGGAUGGAAGGCCGGGGCGCGUGUCUUCCCCAGUAGGUGCCAAGUGUGGUGCUACUUUAGCGUGUGGUCUACCGGUCUGACCUGUCUCCAGAGACCUCAUCUGAUAUUGUAUUGUUACCUGAGUGCUCCUUAAGGGGCUAUUACACUGGUAACCAGCACUUCAUCCCCUCUCCACUCAAGAUUAUCCGUGCCCAGAAGCAGUACAUGACUGACAACAUAGGGGUUCAGUACCUUGACUGUGUCUCCAAUGUGGCUCAUGUGGGCCAUUGUCACCCACAGGUGGUCUUAGCUGGCAAGAACCAGAUGGCAACACUGGUGACAGCUCAAGGCUUUGUAAAUGACUUACUCAGCAAGUACGUCAAAGAGCUGACCAGCCACCUGCCUGACUCCCUCAACGUGGUCUAUCUCGUCAACUCAGGAUCAGAGGCCAAUGACCUUGCCCUGAGGCUGGCCCGGACCUACACCAACAGCAAGGAUGUUGUGGUCUUUGAUGAGGCAUAUCAUGGAAACUUGGGGAACCUGAUAGACAUAAGUCCCAAGAUGUUCAAGAGGAUGCCUCAAGGGAAGAAGGACUUUGUCCACAUAAUCCCCUGCCCAGACACCUACAGAGGACUCUUUCGUGAGAACACCUCUGGGCCAGCAGCCGAGAAAUAUGUGAUGGAGGCUGAGCGAAUACUGAACCAGGCAACCCAAAACAAUCGCAAGAUCAGCUGCCUCAUCACUGAGUGUGUGGUAGUGAACUGUGGUGUUAUUGUGCCUCCAAGGAACUACUUUGCCCUUUUAUACAACCUGAUCCGGGAGAUGGGCGGGGUGUGCAUUGCUGAUGAGGUGCAGACAGCGCUGGGCAGGACAGGGGAGUGCUUCUGGGCCUUUGAGCACUAUGGUGUGGUGCCAGACAUUGUCACCACAGGCAAGCCUCUCGGCAAUGGCCACCCCAUGGCAGCCGUCAUCACCACCCGAGAGAUCUCUGACGCCCUCGGGGAAUACUACUCCACUUUUGGUGGCAACCCUGUGGCAUGUGCAAUUGGCAUGGCUGUGUUGGAUGUGAUAGAGAAUGAGAAGUUGGUCCAGAGUGCAAAGGCUGUGGGCAAGACGCUGCUGGAGAACCUACAACUGCUGAAAGCCAAGCAUGCCUGUGUGGGGGACGUGAGGGGCCUGGGACUCUGUCUGGCGCUGGACAUCGUGGAGGACAAAGCCACAAGAAAACCAGCGAGGGAACUUGCUCAGACUAUUGUUUACCGGGUGAAGGAGGAGCACCACAUCCUGCUGCAAGUUCAGGGUCCCGGCCAAAACAUCAUCACCAUCACGCCACCAAUGUGCUUCACACAACUCAACGCUCGCUCACUCACCACGGCCCUCGACCAGGUGCUCUCCACAUGCUCACUCAGGGACCGCUCAGCCACGAUGUGCCACACGCUGGGUCUGGAGGCUGGCCGGCGGGUGCUGUCACUGGAGGAGCUGGAGCAGUUGGACGAUGAGGUGCCAGGACCUGAACCGAAGAGACCACGCACAAGUUAUGAUGACAUUGAUUAGUUGUUCCUCAGUGUGUGUGUGUGUGUGUGUGUGUGUGUGUGUGUGUGUGAUAGGUUUGUUUCAAGUUAACCCGUCUGCUGCGAUUGGAACGGAUUUGGCUUUCACGAUGGCCUGGUAACAUAUACUUCCAGGUCUUUCUCUGUCUCUGUGGUGGAUGGUGGAUGUUUCCCAUGUGGUAUUGGUAUGCUAGAUAUCCCCUCCCAAGGUGCAUAACUUUAAAUUUUUCUUUAUUGAAUUGUAGCAGCCACUUUUUGAUCCAUUUCCGUAGCUUGGUGAGGUCUUCUUGUAGGAAAUCCGCAGUCAGUGGGUUAAUCCUCCUUGAGCUUCAAGUCAUACCAGGUUGCUUUGAGUCAUCCCAUCCCCCAAGUUAUUAGAAGUCAUGUUUUGUCUUUAAUCCUUUAGAGUAAGAUGUACAUGCAGUACCUUUGGUUUUAAAAUAAUGUAAUAUAAUUUUGAACAUUUUUAUUAGUGCAUAGGCAGACAAUGUAUCUAGAUUCAUCAGAAUUAGAAUACAAGUAUAUUCUAGACAAGAGGAGAUGAGUUGAAACAAAUAUUUUAUCAAUGCCCACUUGCACAUCCUUCAUCAUUAGUGUUUGAGUUUUCCUUUACUUUCCCAUUGUAAGUUACUCAGUUUAAUCCCCUUGAAUAGCAUAACAAUGCAUCAUAAAAAAUUACAUAAUACAAAAAAAAAUAUAUUUGAUAUCAAUUCAGUGGGGGGAAGGCCGGGGAUGUGGCAGUUGGAUGGUGGUUAGAAAAUGGUGUUAGCUUAGGAAAUGGUUAAGAAUCAUUACCAAAUACCCCUUAUUUUUUAAACAUCUUGUCAGUCUUUUUACUAACAAUAAUGUGGCUGAUUCAUCUUUUAUGACCCAUAUUGAAAGGUGUGGAUGGUUGUUUUUGUUGAUUUUUUAUUAAUGUCACUUCUUACGAUUGACUAUAAUAUGCCACUUUAACCCGGUAGCAGCGGGGAUCAUGUUUCUUAAUGGUCCCUCCAAGCGAGAAAAAUGAGAAAAAAUCACCUCUCACACAAACCAUUUCAUAAUAUAUAUCAAAGCAGUUGUGAUCAGAUUAUGUAUCAUCUAUUUUAAGGGGUUUAUAUCACGGCACAAAUUUGGCCCGUCGCUGCUGCCGGGUUAACUGAAAAUUCAACACUACUAACUAACUCUGUUCCAAAAGUGGAUUUGAAAGCCAAAGUAGCCACAUAACUUAAUAAAUACUAAAAUGGUUUAAAAAAUUUGGCGUUUGCUCCAAAUAUUACUCCAAGGUGCCCAUUGAUAAGCAGAAAAAAUCCGUUUCUGCACAUUUUAUUGAGGCUAUUUUUCAUAGUAAACAAGCAUGCGAGCCUUUGUAGCCUCCUUUAGGUGUGAACAAAAAGCCAGCCUGGGCAUGUUAAUCACACCCUUGUUGCCCUUAGUUCGUCCCUUGUGCCGCUUGCAGUUGCCUCAUUUGCUGCCGAAUUGCUUGGUUGCAGGUUAUUAAUGGAGCCUAUGUUGACAUGAGCCAUACAGCAUUGCAUUACUUGUAUGGGGUGCGGACAAAUCCUCGUGGGACAAACUCAGUGAUUAAAUGCAAAGGGGGACAAGAACUCACUGGUUAGGUUAGGUUAGUUUUUGUUUUAUUUUGGUAAGCUUUUGUCCUUCGCAUUUCGUUGGUGAGUUUUUGUCCUACACUUGUUUUGUUACUGUGUAUUUUCCGUUCUGUAUAAUAUAUGUUUGGAGUGCAAUAAUAUACUACAGGCUCUGGUGUGGGCUUUUCAAUAAAGUUUUAUGUUUUGUA